UGACAGUUAGGAGCCGAUUGGCUGGUGCUUUAUCACAGUGAUAUUUAUCACUUUUCAAGCUUAGUACAUCUGGCCCAAUACGUCACAUCUAUCUCUCUGCCCCCGGGUGAGUCAGGCAGCCAGUGACAGCAGGAGCAGAGGGCGUUGGUUCUGCAGCAGCUGAAGUUCCGAUCCCUCCUGUCUCUUGUCUCUGCUAACAAGGAAGUGUCCCGGGCGCCUCCGCAGUGACACAGCAUUGCUGCACCUCCAGAUGCGAUACGCUGUCACUGUACUCAGUGCACUGCAGCGCAGGGACCAGAGAGCAGCAGCAGCAGCAGCGCCAGGAGAGGGCUGCAGAACCCCAGGCACCAGCAGAGCCCCGAGGGACAGCGCAAUGAGCGCAGCCAAAGUGCCCACUGCAGCAGCGGACAGCGCGCAGCCGGCAUCGCCCCCCAAGCCCGCAGAGACCGGGGGGGACCCGCACAGCUCCGCCUCCGCCAAGGCCUUCCAUGACAGCUUGGCACCCACCAAGAAGCCCAGGAUACCCAAACCCGAGAAUGCAGUGACCAUCGCGGUGUCCUCCCGGGUGCUCUUCAACAUGGUGGAGGAGAGGACGAUGUACGAGGAGGAGGGGGUGGAGAAGUAUGUGCUGUACCAGCAGCAACAGGAGGAGAUCCCACUGAAACCAGGCCCUGCAUUCCCCUUUGUCAAGGCGGUAGAAGAGGUUAACAAGCAGCUGCGGCUCCUUUACCCAGAUAGUGAACAACUCUUUGACAUCGUGCUGAUGACCAAUAACCACGCACAGGUCGGCGUACGGCUCAUAAACAGCAUUAAUCACUACGGUCUGAACAUCGAACGUUUCUGCAUGACGGGAGGUCAAAGUCCCAUCGGUUACCUGAAAGCUUACGUCACUAACCUGUAUCUAUCGUCAGACUCGGAGAAGGUACAAGAGGCCAUUGAGGCAGGUAUUGCAGCCGCCACUAUGUUUAUAGGAAAGAAAGACGUUUCUCUGUCGGAACAGCAGCUCAGAGUGGCGUUUGAUGGCGACGCGGUUCUGUUUUCUGACGAGUCUGAGAUCAUUGUGAAACAGGGUGGUUUGGAUUGCUUCUUUGAACAUGAGAAGAAGUUUGAGAACAAGCCACUGGCACAGGGGCCGUUGAAAUGUUUUCUAGAAGCACUUGGAAAGCUCCAAAGGAAAUUUCACGCUAAAAACGCCCGUCUGGAUUGCCCCAUAAGGACCUACCUUGUGACGGCCAGGAGUGCUGCCAGCUCUGGGGCCCGAGCCCUGAAGACCUUGCGCGCCUGGGGUCUGGAAGUUGACGAAGCGCUAUUCCUCGCAGGGGCCCCAAAGGGCCCGAUUUUGGACAAGAUAAGACCUCACAUUUUCUUCGAUGACCAGAUGUUUCACAUCGAAGGUGCCCAAGAGCUGGGAACUGUUGCAGCGCACGUACCAUAUGGGAUUGGCCAGAAGUAUAAUAAAUCCACAUUAAAGGAAGAUAAAAAGGAGGAAAAUCAAAAGGAGGAAGGCAAAAAGGGGGAAAAUAAAAAGGAGGAAAUCAAAAAAGAGGAAAAUAAAAAGGAGGAAAACAAAAAGGUGGAAAGCAAAAAGGAACCAGAAAAGAAAUAAGACUAUCAAGUUAUUCUUUGUAACUAGAUUUGCAUAUAGGUGAUCCAGUAUAGGAUUAAAGCAGGUUAUCAAGCUUAAUCCCCAAACUGCAUACUGGGUUAUCUAAAUAUAUCUGCUGAUAGUCUAUACAGUACUCUUGUGUACAUGGAAUGCUCUUAAAAUGUAAAUAUUGAAAACAUAAGUUCAGGCAGCCAUUUUGUGGUUCAUUUAUUAUUAAUGUCAUUGGUUUCAGGUGAAUGAUGUGCAUAAAAUGGCUGCCUUCACUGUAAGUAGGAUAUUACCCAGGUGGUGGCAGAGCUGUAAUUAUAACUUGUGCCUUAACUUUUUCAGUGCCUUUAAUUAAUGGCCUUUGUGCAGUGCUUGGUCUAAGAGCUGGGAUUGUCAUGUACUACUUUUAUAGGGCUGCAUGAUAUCGCUUGCAAAAAUGACAGCCUUGUAUGAGAGAGAGAGCUUCACCUUCAGAGAAUUCAAUUGCCAAAGCUGAUUUGUUUAUUGAGGCCUUUAAAUACAGCGACAAUCUGUACUGUGUUAGAUACACCUAUCUAUUGCAGAAACCUCAGCUUAUCUGUUGUUGUAGGCAGGCCAACAUUUCCAGAAGCUGGAGUUCUACUUUAAGGUAAAUUGCAUGAAGUCCAUGAGUUAGAUGUGACUACCGUAAUCCAUUCAGUGCAGUGGCAGGUUGUUUUUCAGGUUAAUAAAUGGAAAGCACAGGUAAAAGAAUUUGACUAAACUUACUUUGCAAACUAGCCUUUAAUCAUACACAAUAUAAUGUGUUGCCAGUUCAGGGAUUAUUCCACAAGUGUCCUUAUGUAACCUUGCAAUCCUGACCCCAAGAGACCUGGUCAAUGUCCAAUUUAAUCACAUACGUGUAUUGUAAAUUGGAUAAGACUUUUUUACUUGUAAGUCAGGCAGGCGGCCGGAUCAUUUUGGUAGCAUCACUUGGGAAUGACUGGAAGGUGACCCCCACAAUGGGCAAUAAUCGCCGUCUCACACAGCACUUAGCAUGCCCGAACGCUAUUCUGUUUUGAUAAGAUCAUUUCCAGGUACCGUGGCUGUUUUUUGGGUCACACUCACAAAGCCAGUUGCCUGAUACCGCACUAAGGGGUAGAUGUAUUAAGUCUGGAGAAGUGAUAAAGCAGUGAUAAGUGCAAGGUGAUAACGCACCAGCCAAUCACCUCCUGUCAAUUUACAUAUUGGAGCUGAUUGGCUGGUGCGUUAUCACCUUGCACUUACCACUGCUUUAUCAUUCUCCAGGCUUAAUACAUCUGCCCCUAGUGGCCGGCUUAAAUCACUGGGGGUCAUUUACUAACAUGCUGCAAGUGUCAUAACCCAACCAAUCAGAAAGCUGCUUUUCCUUACUCUGUGCUCCUCAAAACAUGUUCAUGUUGCCAACAGUUGUCUCAUUUAUUUAUUGUAUUUUCUUGUAAACACGCUUAUGUUAUAAUAUUGCAGUUAUUGAGUGUGGAUUCAUGAAAAGAAUAUGAGACACUGGGGCAAGUCAGCACUUUUUAUUUUAAUUCUCUACUAAAAUACAUUAUGCAUAUCAUGUCCACUGUGUAUAUUUUAUUCUCCCUUUUAAUAAUGGACACCUGAAUUGUGGUGGCACGUGGAGCCUAAAAUGUGUCCCGGAAUAUUGGCUGGAAAUCUCUGGACGACUCCGUGUUGGUUGCUAUGGGUUACUACACAUUUGCUGCAUAUUAAUAAAUUGUCCCGUUUUGUUUUUGCCCCCAAAAAUAUAAAAUCUACCUAGAAAUGUUAGAUUAGUGUAAUUUAAUUAACAAAUCCAUUCUCUUCGCACUUUUCAUCAUACUAUUGUUAAGGGGAUCAUUAAAUCCAUUCUCUUCGCACUUUUCAUCAUACUAUUGUUAAGGGGAUCAUUUAGCUCUUAUUUUUUUGUUUUUUGCCUAAUGUUUUACUGGAGGGCUUUUUGGGUAAUAUGUUGCCUUUCAUUGUUUCAUGCUGUUUUACAAUGAAAGAUAAGUAUAUACUAUACAAAUACUUGUAUAUUUGUAUUGCUAUGAGUACUUUAUGGAAGUACUGGGGAAAUAGUAUUUUGUAUUGUUAUGUAUAUCAGUUGUGUGUUUUGCAUGUUCUUGUUGACACAUUGAGAUAACACAGUAUCACUUAAUUGUCUCGGAUCCCCAUAUGUGAAUGUGGUAUGCCUUGGUGGAUAAGCCUAACGUGUAAGUAGUAGCACCUCUCGCCAUUGGCUCAAUCCACAGCCAGGUUUACACGGUUACCAGCUGAUACUGUUGUCAUGGUGACCUCACAUUGGUUAUCUUUACAUUGCUUAGAAAGGGCCGGAUGCAAGGGACAAUGUUUACAUGACAAAAUACUAGUCAGUCGAUUUUUUAUGAUGUUACCUGUUAUCUUUUAUCCUUACUCUCAGUUGUUUUUUACACUUGGAAAUAUAGAAAAGAAAAACUUUUUCUACACAUUAUAUUCUGCAAUGUUUUAUGUUCAUUCAAAUAAACCUGAAGUUUAUUUUAUCAUCA